AUGUCUUUCAUGAACUUCACAAAAGAGUUAUGGAAAGUUGCAGUAAAAGUACACCACAAAUGGAUUGUAAUUUCUAACGAUAAAGAGCACAUUGAGCUUAUAUUUGUUGAUGCAGACGGCACAAAUGUUCAUGUUAUAGUACCAAUAAAUUUGAAAGCAACAUUUGAUUCAGUUUUAUUGGUUAACAACACUUAUACUGUGAUGAAUUUCCUACCUCGAAUUAAUGAUCGCAUGUUCAAAACCUCAGAACAUCCUUAUGUUAUAAGAUUUACACCUGGUACUCGUGUCUCUGAUAUAAACAAGCAUGAAAUACCUGGUAAAAGGUUGAACUUCAAGCCGUUUGCUGAGACUAUUUCUAGGAACUGGAAGAGUGAUUUAUUAAUGUUAUUGGACUGCAAUGACACAUUGAACUGUACUCUUUGGGAGACAUAUGCUGUGAAAUUCAUGAACUACAUUCAAAUGAACAACGACGGUGGUCCGUCAAUCAUAUUGUUACAAUAUGCAAAAGUUAAAGCCGAAGGAAAGUAUCCGUUUUCAGUAUUGAACACCUACAACAUAACGAAUCUGCUCAUUAACGAAGACGUCCCGAAUAUAGUUGAAUUUUAA